CGGCUCCCACUAUUUAAACCCAUUGGGAUCGGUCUGAAUCAUUCUCUCUCUCUGGAAUUUCUUUGAAAUUGCUUGCGUUCGUUCGAAUAUCUUUCUCUCUCUCUCUGUAGAAAUCUCGGCGGAGUUCACCAGGUCUAUGAACAUGGGCUCGAAUUCAGUUGUGGAUAUGAUAGAGGCCUCCUCAGGGGUUCAUUUUUCUGGAUUUCACAUGGAUGGCUUAGAACAAAGAUCCAAGGUGGAGCAACCAACAACAUCAGCACAUGGAAACAUGCAUAAACAGCCCUUUGUUAUUGGUGUUGCUGGUGGGGCAGCUUCUGGUAAGACUACAGUUUGUGAUAUGAUUAUACAACAGCUUCAUGAUCAGCGUGUUGUUCUUGUUAAUCAGGAUUCCUUUUAUCAUAAUCUGACUGAGGAGGAACUUAAACGUGUACAUGAAUACAACUUUGACCAUCCUGAUGCAUUUGACACCGAGAAACUGUUAUCUUCAAUGGACAAGUUGAAGCAUGGGCAAGCAGUAGAUAUUCCAAACUAUGAUUUCAAAAGUUACAAAAAUAGUGUGUGUCCAGCUAGACGGGUAAACCCUUCAGAUGUCAUCAUCUUGGAAGGCAUUCUUGCUUUCCAUGAUCCUCGUGUACGAGAGUUGAUGAAUAUGAAGAUUUUUGUUGAUACAGAUGCUGAUGUUCGGUUGGCUAGGAGGAUAAGGCGUGAUACAGUUGAGAAGGGAAGGGAUAUUGGUCAAGUUCUUGAUCAGUACUCAAAGUUUGUUAAGCCGGCUUUUGAUGACUUCAUUCUUCCAACAAAGAAGUAUGCUGAUAUCAUUAUUCCUCGCGGCGGAGAUAAUCACAUAGCUGUUGAUUUGAUUGUACAACAUAUUCGUACUAAGCUUGGUCAACAUGACCUUUGUAAAAUAUAUCCCAAUCUAUAUGUCAUACACUCAACCUUUCAGAUACGGGGUAUGCAUACUCUCAUACGUGAUUCUCAAACAACAAAGCAUGAUUUUGUUUUCUAUUCAGACCGGUUGAUUCGUUUGGUUGUUGAACAUGGCCUGGGACAUCUACCAUUUACCGAAAAGCAGGUGAUCACUCCAACUGGGUCUGUGUAUAUCGGUGUGGAUUUUUGUAAGAGGUUGUGCGGUGUGUCUAUCAUCAGGAGUGGCGAGAGUAUGGAGAAUGCUUUGCGAGCAUGUUGUAAAGGUAUCAAGAUUGGAAAGAUUCUUAUUCAUAGAGAAGGAGACAAUGGUCAGCAGCUAAUUUAUGAAAAACUACCCAACGACAUUUCAGAGAGGCAUGUAUUACUGUUGGAUCCUAUCCUAGGCACAGGGAACUCGGCUGUUCAAGCUAUUUCUCUAAUUUUAGAGAAGGGCGUCCCAGAGUCCAACAUUAUAUUUCUCAAUCUCAUAUCUGCACCUCAAGGUGUGCACGUGGUCUGCAAACGCUUCCCCAGAAUAAAGAUUGUGACAUCUGAGAUUGAAACUGGUCUGAACAAAGAUUUUCGUGUAGUACCUGGCAUGGGUGAGUUUGGGGACCGAUAUUUUGGAACUGAUGAUGACGAUCAACAAGUGGUAGCUCCUUCAUCAGUGUAGUUCCAAUGAAAACUGCUAGUUGGUCCAACCCUUUGAUCAACUCGAGUUAUUUUCGGCAAUGCUGCUGGGUUCUACAUUUCAGUGUUGAAAAAAUUUUGACUUCAUGAAACCGAAUUAUCAUCCUUCAAGUCUUUGGUAAUUUUGUUUUCAAACUAUUUGGCUUAUAGGGAAUUUCUUUCGCAAAUGAUGGUCUUUAUAAAGUGACGAUGCCGUUGAAAGGGUUGGACCGCUAGUUGUCCUAGCAGGCAGUGAGUGUGUGCCUAGAUAGUCAAGUUCCCUUUUGAACUUCACUUUGCAUUUGUAUGGCUUCAAGGGGAAACGAUUUACGGGCAAAUGAAUGACCCUCCCCAUGAUAUGUAUUAUGAACCAGGACAUUUACCGGCAUGAUGAUAAUAUCUUUUUUGUUGCUUCGCAA